CGACGACGGUUCGCAUACCUCGGGGACUUCGGCGCUCCCGUCUGGCUGGACCCUCGAAGGUGGGAUACUUUGCUUUGUAAAGCCGUCAAUUGCUUUGCACACAGUGUCAGCCUAUCGUACAUGGUGUCCAGGUUGACCCGGGACAUCUUUUCAUUACAGUUUUGUGAUAAUCGAAGCUGAGUCGUAUCUCAGCACAGGCCACAUGUGACGCCAAUGUAAGGCGAGCGCUGCCAUCGCAUUGUUUCCCGCGUCUCAAGCUCCAGGCCAACGUCACCACUGCUCGUAUACGGCUUCAAUGCAGACCUAUAAAAGCGUAUCGUUUGGUGACAUCUUUUUCGAAGCAUUCUAUUGAAUGAUUACCUUGCGAAGCGUGUCACGUAUCGCACUCAUGCAAAGACAUCCUAAGAUGGCACCUAUCGAUGCAGGCAUCUUGAGGAACAAUGCUGGCUCACAGUUACAGCUUGCUCUUCCCUCACAGUUGAAACAUGGAACUGUGCUUGAAUCGCUCAACGCCAACGUCGAAGCGCACGUACCCGCACCGCAUGAGCUCGAUCUGGAAGGCCUCGCCGCUUUUCAAAAAGCCGCCAACUACCUAGCUGCAGCACAGAUCUACCUGAAGGAUGACGUAUUACUGCGCGACGAGAAGCUCGACAUCCACAAGCACGUUAAGCCCCGUUUGCUAGGACAUUUCGGCACCUGUCCGGGACUGAUCUUCGUCUACGCCCACGUGUCUGCCCUGCUGAGGAGGCAGGAAUGUAGGCAGGAGAGCCAAGAUGCGCAGCGCAGAAUGGUCUUCGUCGCUGGCCCCGGCCACGGUGCUCCUGGUCCUCUUGCCUGUCUCUACCUCGAAGGCACUAUCUCUCACUGCUAUCCGCAAGAGAGCAUGACGCCUGAUGGUCUCAAACGAUUCAUCAAAGCAUUCAGCUGGCCCAACUCGACUCAUCCAUCACAUAUCAAUGCGAGUACACCUGGGGCAAUCCAUGAGGGUGGAGAGCUUGGAUAUGCGCUGUCAGUUUCCUACGGGGCGGCCAUGGACAAGCCUGAUCUGAUCGUUCCUUGCGUUGUGGGAGACGGCGAGAACGAGACAGGGCCUGCGCAUGCCGCUUGGCACGGGCACAAGUUCAUCGAUCCCAAAGAGUCCGGUGCAGUGUUGCCCAUCUUGCACGUGAAUCGCUUCAAAAUAUCCGAAAAGACGAUAUACGGCUCGAUGGAUGAGUAUGAGCUGCUCACCUUUUUUAGCGGGUACGGCUACCAGCCCCGCAUCGUCAGCUACUGGAAUCACACAUGUGCGCAUACCAUCCCUGGCGACAAAGAAAUUAUGGAUUUCGACCGUGACAUGGCUGCCAGUCUCGAAUGGGCCGUUUUUGAGAUACUCGCUAUUCAGCAAGCUGCCCGCACUGGCAUACCGAUCAUCAAGCCCCGCUGGCCAAUGAUCAUUCUGCUCAGCCCAAAAGGAUGGGGCCUACCGCCCAUGCUGGAUGGCAAGACGCUUGAGAACAGCUUCCGCUCGCAUCAGGUGCCCAUCUCGGUAACCGAAGAACAUCUCAGCGUUCUUGAGGAUUGGUUGCGCUCAUACGAGCCACACACUUGGUUCGCCGAGCAUGACGGUCAUCUCGACAUUUCGCAUACAGCCCUGCGUAUCUUUCCCAAGAACCAGCUUCUCAGGAUGGGCCGCACCGCUGAAGCGUACGGUGGCAAGCCCGACACUGUGCUGCCCGACUGGAGACAAUUCACUGUAGCAGUAGCGAAGCCUGCCGGCGCUAUGGACGUGCUGGCCAAAUUCUUACUCGAAGUGGCACGGCUCAACAAGCACACUUUCCGUGUCUUUUCUCCGGACGAGCUCGAGUCAAACCAUCUCGGAGCACUCAUUUCCGAUUCCGAAGUUGGUGGUCGCAACUUCCAAGUUGCCGAAGAGUCACGCGCCAGCGGCGGUCGUGUUGUGGAGGUCUUGUCUGAACAUUUGCUCGAAGGCUUCGCGCAAGGGUACUCGAUCACAGGCCGUGUGUCCGUCUUCCCAAGCUACGAAGGCUUCUUGCCGAUCAUCGCGACCAUGGCAGUACAAUUUGCAAAGUUCAUCAAGGACAGCAAGCAGAGAAGCUUCCGUGAACCUUACCCUAGUCUGACGUACAUCGCGUCUAGCACGCUGUGGCGCCAGGAGCACAACGGGUUUAGCCACCAGAACCCUGGCUUCAUCAACACGAUGAUCGAUUUGCCGCAUGACAUUGCACGCAUCUAUUUGCCUCCGGAUGCAAACUGUGCGCUGACAACAAUGCACCACGCGCUGCGCUCGCUGCAUCAUCUGAACGUCAUUGUCGCAUCCAAGGAGGCGACCAUGCACUCGUGGCUCGAUGCAGAUGAAGCCCAGAAGCACUGCAUUGCUGGCGGUUCUGUCUGGCGGAAGUACUCAACCGAUGACGGCAAGCGUCCGGAUGUCGUUCUCGUUGGAAUCGGUGUCCAAACCACAGCCGAGGUCAUCGCGGCCGCCAGCAUUCUUCGCAAGGAUGUGCCCGAGAUUCGAGUGCGCGUCGUCAAUGUCACAGACUUACUCAUCCUCGCUGCGCCUGGCGGACCGCAAAGCCAUCCCCAUGCUCUCUCCCAGGAAAUGUUUAGUGCACUUUUCACCGUCGACAAGCCGAUCGUCUUCAACUUCCACGGCUACCCUACCGCUCUAAAGGGACUCGUUGCGGGUCGCAUGGGCUAUGACGGACCGGGCCGCGUCCGCUUUCUCGGCUACCGUGAAGAGGGAACCACGACAACGCCUUGGACGAUGCUACGUGGCAACGGCGUCGAUCGUUACAGCGUUUCUCAAGAGGCUUUGUCGCUGCUGCACAACCAUCCGUCUGCGGGUCAUGUUGCUACCGAAUUGAAUGCGCACUACGAAGCUAAGAAACGCUGGCAUGAGAAAUACGUCGAGGAGUACGGCGACGAUCCGGCCGACUUUGUCAAAAUCCCCGAUGACCCUAAGCACUAAAAAUAAUAACUGGCGCAAGUCGAUUUUGCAUCGCAGGCUUUUGAUUCCAUCGCAAUCACGCUCUUGAGCAACCCGUAAAGUUCCCCUUUGCGCUCCGUCACAAAAGAUCCUGGCCUAUUGUAAAACAUCUUGUGCAUUAAUACCCUGCCUAUACGUACGAAUGCUGUGACAGUGCGCUGUCAGACCUUGAGCAGCAUUCGAUACAAGUAGAU